AUGAAUUUGGGUACGUCAGAGGAAGAACCAACGGCUGAAGAAAUUGACGUUCCGGAGGAUAUAGACUGGCAAAUGCUUGAUAAAUCCAAGUUUUUCAUCCUCGGUGCUGCCUUAUUUUCCGGUGUCUCCGCCUCUUUAUACCCAGCGGUGGUGCUAAAAACCCGGCUACAGGUGGCACAGUCCCAAGUUUCUUCCAUUAAAACAGCAGUUUGGAUCUUGAAACAUGAAGGUUUUCGCGGAUUGUAUAGAGGAUUUGGGACUUCAUUGACAGGCACAAUCCCGGCCAGAGCAUUAUAUAUGGCUGCACUUGAGGUUACCAAGAGUAAUGUGGGGACGGCAGCCACUAGGUGCGGAAUUCCCGAGCCAUCUGCAGCUGCAAUAGCAAAUGCUGCCGCUGGGUUGAGCGCUGCAAUGGCCGCGCAAAUGGUUUGGACCCCGGUUGAUGUAAUUAGCCAGCGGCUCAUGGUACAAGGUGGUGAUAAUCACAAGGUUUCGAAUGCAUUUCCAUGUAAAUAUUUAAAUGGGAUUGAUGCAUUCAAGAAAAUUCUAAAUACAGAAGGGAUAAGAGGGCUAUAUAGAGGAUUUGGGGUAUCAAUUUUGACUUAUGCACCAUCAAAUGCAGUGUGGUGGGCAUCCUAUUCUGUAGCUCAGAGGCUUGUUUGGAGUGGAAUGGGGUGUUUUAUUUGCCAGAAAGAUGACGAAAGGGAAGAAAACAGGGUCAAUGUGGAGAAAAAUGCAUUGAGGCCUAAUGCAAAAACCGUGAUGGCAGUGCAGGGAGCAAGUGCCGCUAUGGCCGGUGGGGUUUCGGCUUUGAUAACAAUGCCUCUGGAUACUAUCAAGACGAGAUUACAGGUUUUGGAUGGAGAUGAGAAUGGGCGGAAGGGGGCGAGUUUUGGGCAAACUGUGAGGAAUUUGGUGAAGGAAGGUGGGUGGAUGGCUUGUUAUAGAGGUUUAGGACCAAGGUGGGCUUCAAUGUCCAUGUCUGCAACGACGAUGAUCACUACAUAUGAGUUCUUGAAAAGGCUCUCUGCAAAGAAUCGAGAGGCUUUGUCAUCUUGA